GGAUUUCUCUUUCCCCUGCGAGCUUGGCAACAAAGGCCAAGAAGAAGGGGCGGCUCAGGAUGGCUGACAGGGUGAGUGACACUGGCAGACAGCAAAGCGAAUACCUCCAUCCAUGAAAUUGCGUAUGUGUGUUGUGUGCGCGUGUCAGGAGGACAGCACGCUGCUGCUGGUCAAGUUUUCAACGCACCGUGACUCGCGCACCUACGUCGAGUACAGGGACCUCAAACACGCGCUGGAAGGUGGGCCAGCUGGCAGCAAGCAGCCAGCCACUGUGCAAUUGAUUUGAUUGCCACUGGUCGUGUCUUCGCGUGGUGUGUGCAGGUGUGUGUCAGUUGUACGAGUCUGGCCUGAAGGCUGUCAACCCCAAUAUCCGGAACAUCACCUACGACCUCAAUGACCUAUUCGGUACUUCUGAUGGUGGAUGGCGGACCACCAUAUCUGAUCUGCACGGCUGGCUCUCUUUGCUCUCUUUGCAGGUUACAUCAAUUCAUUGCAGGAGAUCGUGUGUUUCACGCCCACGCUGGACCGGGAGCGGCGGGUGGUGGGCUACAGGCGGCUGGACCGGGCGCAGAUCAAGGACGCCCUCUUCACUCACCUCAAGAGACAGGCUGAGGACAGCUGAGCUGAGCGGCCGCCAUGUAUUGUG